AUGUGUUUCUACCGCGCCACCGUGUACGAGUGCAAGCACAGCGAACUCGGCAAAAAGGUUACAAUCUGCAAAUUGCAAAGGGACCUUUUCAAGUACACGGAACAUACCACUAGUCACACAUGCAUCGAGCGUCGUGUACACUCGAUGAACUGCGUCCGGAAGGCUGGAGUGUGUGACAAGUGCAAGCGUCUGGACACCCUCAAAGACCGCACGGCAGAUGCGUUCAAGGGCCUACAGGACACGCUCCGAAAACGCAAGGUUGUCGAUGACGAUUCUGUGAGUGAUGACACUAGGGCCCUCGAGACUUUUGAGGCUGUGAAAAUCCCGAAGAUUGGACUUGAUUCGGAUGAUGAUAGCAGCGCAGCUCACGAGAUCUUUGAACUUAUCCCGACUCCUAGGCUUGAUAUGACCCCUGACGAGCUUGAUGAUGAGGAUGCUACUUCAUCGAAGGGAGAGACUUUUGUGGCCUCCGAGAUCUCGGAAACCUCUGAGACCCAAGACAUGUCCGAGUCUUCCCAUGAAACGGUCGAGACUAUUGACACGAGCAAGAAUGUCGGGGAAGAUGCUGCUACAGGAAAACCGCUAGGCUCCUCUGUUUGA